ACUUACUGUUAGGUUAGGUUCCAUCUAUAGACAUUUCUCUAUGACUGAUUAGCCGGUUUCGUUUUCGCUUUUCCAAUGAAACAGACAAAAAAUGGCAUAAAAGAGUGUUAUUUGUGAAAGAAAUGAACAUUCAAACGGUUAAAAGUAUAUUAGUUAUAGGGGAAAAGUUGGAAUAUGUGCUAUUCAAUACAGCUAUAAAUUGCGCGAAGGCUGGUUUUCCAGUUUGGUACAUAUCAAUUUUUCCGUUUGAAAAAAUUCCAGAGAAUAUUGAAAUUCCCGAGAAAGACGUUCUGAACUUGAUAACCUUUAUAUAUUUGAAGGAUUACCAGUGCCUUAUAUCACAUUUGAAUGGAAUACAUCUUUGGAGAAAAACACCUCAUGUUAUUUUGAUAGAUAAAUUUGACUUGUACUGUAAUAUUAAUGAAGAAAAUUAUGAUCCACUAAUAGCUGCUUUGCUAUCUACCUCAGUUUUAGAUGCUUCAUGUUCUGCUUCAAGAAAGUCAAAAAGAGACAUCUACCUUAUAAUAACCUGUAAAAUACAGAAUAUGUUUGAGAGACGGUUGAUCACAUUGAGAAACCUUUAUUUCCCAAAAAUAUUCUCACAUUCAGUAGAUCUGGAUACUGUAGAGGCAUUAAAUGACUUCAUUGUAUAACAAAUAUAUUUUUUUUAUAAAUUGAAUUGUUAGAUAAUUAAUGUUAUUACAUAAAUAUAAUUCAACUAACACUACAAAGGCACAUUUCUCUAGUCUAUUCUAUUAGAAUGUAAAUAUAUAUUCCUGUAUAUAAAUGUAAAAUAAAUAUUAAUAAUUUUUAUGGCAGUACAUUUUAGAGAAGAGUUUUAUACUUAUUAAAGAGAUUAUACAAGA